UGGUCAGUAGGCGUACAGGCAGGUAAUGCAACGAAGUAGCUGAGAAGCAAUCCAGCGCGGCCUAUUAUCGGCAUUGUCCGAGCCACGAUUCAGACUACAUUAGUACGCAGCGACCCGCGGCGCUGACAAUACGAAGCACGCAGAAGUUUAUUCGCCAAACAAUGAAGGCGUGUUUUCCGCCACUGCACAUCCUCCUGUUCACAGUGACCUGCGCUGUUUUAGCAAACGACCGCCAAUGCGAGUACGGCGACACACUCUUCGACAUCGGGCUAGCGAAGGUGCUGUCACUGCCAUCCUUCGACGCAUUUCCACUGGAAGAUAUCCGGCGCACGUUCACGAAGAUAUUUGACUUCCGUGUGCGGCUCUCGCAAGGAAAGCUCUGCGGCCUGUGGAAUCUAAAGCGCUACUACCGAAACUUCAUCAAUGCUACCGACAGUGGUGUAACAGCCCUCUUACAAAUCGAGGGGGGCCCGCUUGGCGUCACGUAUGAAGGAACCGUCAACUCUAUCCCUAUAGACGCCCGCGUAGCGGUCGAAGUCUAUAUUCCCAGGAUCGAGUUGUUAAUCUACGUCGAGGAGCCGUCUCCGAACAACCUAAAAGUCGCUGAACUACACUUCUGGGCUGCUCCAGUGACAUUCAAGGCGCGUCAGCUCGACGGUACCAGCUUGAUGUUCGACUUUCUGCACUGGCUCGCCGAAGGCUCCAUCGAGAGGGCGCUUAACAGAAAGAUGGGCGAGCUGGUGCUCGGAUUUGUCCACCAGUUCUUGGGCCAGGUGCAGCUGUUCGCCACAAACGGAACGAAGAUCGGAGACGUAAAGAAACCACGAGGCGACCCUGUCCUAGUUCCAGUGUGGAUUAUGCCUGAUCAUGCUUUUAACUCCCCUUUGGGCCCUUGGCAGGAGCCGAGAAAAUGGGGCAUUUUCGACUACUGCAUCAAGCGAAUGAUACUCGCUUCAAAGCUCGACCCAGCUGUGUUCACUGACGUGGACGACGUCACCUGGGAUGGCUGGCACUUCCAAAUAUCCAGCGUGACCAUAGAUGGACUCGCAAACCUUGGUCGAGGAGGCGACAACUACGCCGUGACCGAGCGCUGCGGCAUCAGCGCUCGUGUAGCAAUCGCAAUCAAUUACAUCAGAGUCAAAUUAUACGCCACCACGGUGAACCCACUUCUGCGGCUGAGAAUGGACGUGCGAAUCACUGCAGUUGACGUGGUACUCAAGGUGAAAGAAACAAACAAGACAAUCGAGAUUGAAGACUACCAGCUCACGUUUCCGGUACCUGUGGAGUAUGACGUCUACGUACUUACACCCAUUAUUGGCCCACUGUUUGAACUGUUUAACGGAUACAUGCAGAGACACUUAACUGAAGACGAGGCUAACAAACUGGAAGACCACUCGCGGAAGUAUGUGGAGCGAGCCAUAGGGACAGUGACAGAAUUCAUCAAGGAUCCAGCUCCUUGGAUGCCAUGGAACAACUCCAUCAUUGACGCUUAUCGCGCAUACCGUGAGCAGCACAGAAGUUAGUUGCCAUAGGAGCCUUAGAGCUUUUAGUUUCUUUGUUUGCAGCUUCCUGAUUCCUUCUGACUGCAAAUAAAGAAAGAUGUAGCGCUAGUCUUAUCCACGUAAAAAAAAUAUUUCUACCAAGCUUCCGUACCUAUCAUGUAUCACCCGUGCCUAGUGUAUCGCACGUGCUGUACUUCCUUUCCUAUGCCACAGAAAUCCAGGCGCUGGGCUGUGAAGGGCGCGUGCUGGGCUGUGAUAGUGUGAAAAUUACAAUCGUCUAUAGUCGGAAGACAGCGCUUGAAGCUGGCAUCUCAACGCUCGCCUGCAGAAUGGCUCCAAAGCGUGCACUCGGUGUCUAGGACACCCAGGCCCCACAGAAGCGUCGCGCGUAACAGGAGCGUCUUCGCUAUGCAGCGAAACGUGGUGGAGACAGCGAAUGUAUGCUUGCUCGAGCAUGUGAGGCAAACCAAUGAGGCGUGACGGCCAUGAAAGACGACGAGCGUCGGGAAUACUAGUACCAGAAACGAGAAGCGCAACAACAACGCGUGGAGGACAUGGAAGCUGAAGAGCGUGCUGAGCAUCACAACCAAAAGUGACAAGCAGAACCAUAAUUAUCGUCAAUGAGAGCAAACAGCAUCGAAAGCUUCGCUCACAUCGAUUCCUAUUGUGCGUGGGUUCUGCAUUUUUUUUUACUCGAGCAAUUUUUCGUUGUUUUUGUUCUAACUAAUCUACUUCUCAUGGCCAGAAAUAUAUGCGACCAACUUGUUCUUAUUUUUCUUGAUGUGAAAUUGUGUUAGCCGUUUUUAUAUAUCAGGUUUGGUUAUAUUCCGCACAUUUCUCUAUCACCUGAUUGAUAGUGUGAAUAUGGUUUAUUGUUGAGUAGCCUUUACGGAAUCCUGCCUCACCCAUUGGUUGACAGAAGUCUAAGGUGUUGCUAGUUCUGUUUGCGAUUACCUUAGUAAAU